AUGCUCUAUGAAAAGAUCGCCGGCCUUACAUUGAUGAUCGUCACUAUUCUUGCUGAUGAUAAGUGCAAUACAUUUCAGUCUCCAUGCGGUACUAUUGAGUCAGACUAUGCUCCGUGUAUUCCUAAAGAUCAAGCCAACGAGUUAUUCAGACAAUGUUGUCUACAAUACGUUCCGGACGGCUGUCAUGAUUUGUGUCAAUAUGAGACUGAUGAACUGACGGCCAGAAAUUUGUUGGUGCAGUCAAUAAGAUCAGGAAAAUGUGAUUUGAAGCAUAUGAGCGCUGUUCUAUUCUGUGCUUCUCAAAAUCAGGAUAACCGCAAAUGUUGUGAAUACUUGAAUAUGGCCGACGAGAAGCUUGGCGUUGGGAAUCGUUGCUUGCGUUUCUGUGAUCCGGCUGGUGAGGGCAUCACUUCGAUCAGUCGAAACGACGUGACUUGUUUGUUCAACUGGAAUGUGAUGAUGUAUUGCCAUCACAGUGGUAUUCCGGAACAAUAG